AUGGCACGCUCUCUGAAUGAGUGGCUGUGGCAGCAUGAGUUCUGGCUGCCCCCAGGAAUCACCUGGGAGGACAUGCAAGAGUCUGAAGACGUCCAUUACCCUCAGCCUCGUGAUCUCCUGCUCAGUGUCCCUUUUGCUUUAAUCUUGGUUGUCAUUCGAUGUGCCUUUGAAAGAGCCAUAGCCCUGCCCCUCAGUAGCAAACUGGGUGUGAGAGACAAGCAGAGACCAAAAGCUCAGCCCAACCCCACACUGGAAACAUUCUACAGUACGCGCUGCAAGAACCCUGAAGAGGGUGAGCUGAUCAGUUUAGCCAAACAGUGCGAGCUGCCGGUGAGGAAGGUGGAGAGGUGGUUCCGGUGCCGGAGGAACACAGACCGACCCAGCCUGUCGAAGAAGUUUUGUGAGGCCUGCUGGAGGUUUACAUUUUACAUCAUUUCUUUCUUCACUGGACUUGCAGUCCUGUACGAUAAGCCUUGGCUUUGGGACCAUAGAGAGUGCUGGACAGGAUAUCCACAACAG